AGGUAUAUGUCAUGGAUGGUCCAGCAUGGAUGGGAGACGAAGAUCUGAGACACUUUUUGGAGGCUUCAAGAGCAUCCAACUAUACUUGCAGCGAGAUUACUUCACUCCUGCCAAAGAAGUUCCCCAACUACAGGGCUUAUUCAGAACGCACUGUAAAAAGAAUGCUGAAUCACUGGAACAUUAAACGACACAAUGAUGUUGAUGAUCAUACUUUGCUGACGGCGGUACAGAAUGUUGUUAACGAAAGUUCGGGCCAAUUAGGAUACCGGGAUGUGACUGAAAAACUAAGGUCUCAAGGCCUCUUCGUAUCGAGAGAUGAUGUUAUGAAUACAUAAGGUUAGUUGAUCCACAAGGUGUUGUUAUGCGCACUCCAAAGUUCAAGAAUAAGAGGCCUAAGAAGACCUUCUUCAGCAAGGGGCCAAACUACUUAUGGAGUCUGGAUGGCCAUGACAAGUUAAGUGGGGAUGCCAACUGCCAAUUCGACCUCAAAAUAUAUGGGGCCCUUGAUACUUACUGUAGGAAAAUCAUCUUCUUGUACAUUGGGCGGUCUAAUAGAGACAGUGAAGUUAUUGGACGUAUUUUGUUUGACCAUCUGCUGGAAUCUAGAGUUUUACCGCAAAUGCUUCGAUUUGACAAAGGAACUGAGACCGUCCAUGCUGCAGCUGUACACAAAACUCUUUUGCAACUGAAAAAUGUUGACAAGGAGAUUACAACGAUACUUGGUCCUUCUACUGCCAACAAAAUAGAACGAUUGUGGAGGCAGGUCCGCGAAAAGGUUUGUGAUGGUUUUCGUCACGUACUUAGAGAGAUUGAUCAAGACGGUCUGUAUGAUUCAAGUUGCCAGUAUGACAGGGAUUUAAUUGCUGGUGUGUUCAUACCUGUUGUCGAACGUUAUCUCGACGAAUUCAGGGAGAACCAUAACAAUAUGAGGGGAAGAAAGCAGCGCAAUGUGGAACUUCCAUCAGGAACAAUCCCUGAGCAUGUGUAUUCGUGCCCAGAAGAGUACGGCGGAGAGGAGUGUGGAAUCAUGCUUUCUGAAAAGGAUAUAGAGAGUUUCACUGACGCUGAUAUUUUGUCCAACGUUUUUACUGGUAUUAAAAUUAAUUCGGAGUUGGUGUCUGAAUACCUCGUUGCUGCUCUCCCUCAGAUAGCAGAACUUCAGUUAAGUGGGGUUAAAGCGGAAUACACACGAAUAAGGGAAGCGGUCUAUCGAGAUACCAGAUUUUGAAAAUGUCUGUCUCGUUGAAGCCGAGAUUUUAUUAAUGAACGUUUAGUUAUAAAUAUCGUGAAAAAACUUCAGUUGGUUUUUUACUGUUUUUCUUCGGUACACCCAUAAAAUAACCCAUUAAUACAAUCAUAUUAUAAGGAUUUAAAGUUAACUUGAAAGUUUGAAUGUUACACUCCGUAAAUUAUAAAGUUGGUAUGAUUCUUCUCUAAGGAUUACAAUACGCAGUAAGUUAUUAUGAUAAAAUGUUUGUUUCACUGCUAACAUCAUCCUACUACAAUGUUUUGUUAAAUUAUAACAUAUACUUGGUUGUUUUAUAUAUGGGUCUGAUUAUUAAAUUAUUGACUUUGAUG